GUGCCUGUCUCUCCAUAUCCCCUAUCAGUGACCACGUUUCUUUAACCGUCGUCUCUUUGACGUCUAUCUGUACUUUACAAAGAGAUAAGUGAUACAAGAUGAUUUUGGUGCCACUGGCUGUGGUGCUUCUCGCGGCGUUUGUCAACGCCGAGCCGGCUAUCAAUGAAUCUGGACCGCGCAAUAACCGACCUGGAAGAUUCUUGUCUCUUCCGNNUCCGAUACCGCAAAAAUGUGCAAAUCGGCCAAAGCAGUUCAAUUUCCGAGGACACAAUUAUUUCUAUAGCGGACACGUGCCAGCCCAUGCUAAUCAAAGAGGAGACUGGUUAGACGGUAGGAACAUUUGCAGGGAAUAUUGUAUGGAUCUUGUCUCGAUAGAAACUCAAGAAGAGAACAACAUGAUCUUCAAACUUAUACAACAGAACGAUGUUCCAUACAUCUGGACAUCCGGACGUCUCUGCGACUUUAAGGGUUGCGAGAACCGUCGUGAUCUCGAGCCCAAGUCUCUGUACGGCUGGUUCUGGUCGGCAAAUCGCGAGAAAAUGGCACCCACCAACCAGGCACCGGCAGGCUGGUCUUUCAACCCGUGGUCGCAGACUGGCCACAAGAAGGCCAGGCAGCCGGACAAUGCCGAGUACGACAUCAACGGCACUACCGAGUCUUGCUUGGCCGUCCUGAACAACGUGUACAAUGACGGCAUCGCUUGGCACGACGUCGCGUGUUACCACGAGAAGCCGUUCGUCUGCGAGGACUCCGAGGAGCUUCUCAACUACGUGGCCAGCACCAACCGCGGCAUCCGCCUCUAAAGCGAUCGCGGUCAGCCUGACACCUACAUGGUGAUCAUGAUCGUCCAUCAGCGUCACGUACUCACUCUCCUUUCUAUACUUCCCGUAGCAAGGAGGGAGCGACGAGACACGUGCCAAAUAAGGACACGAAAUUUCUACGUGGCGAUUCUUGGUUCUUGAAUGAUCACAGAGAAUCUUUUACAAACAAAAUUUGCAUGAUCCCUUCGGAAUUAUAUAAUGGAAUUAUAAUUUAUAUAAUGCGAAUUCUCUACAAUUUUUAUAUAAUUAUAUUUUACAGUAUAAAGGGAGUAUAUUUUUUAUAAUUUUUAUAAUAUGUUCGACUGAGUAUUAUUCAAUUCAUCGAGCUUGCUAGACUUGUAAUUUUGUAAUUUAUUCUCUCUUCUGGAUUUAUAUAAUUUUUUAUAAUUUACUACUCUGUCGAUAUUUUGUGCGAAUUUUCAUGAUUAUGUCAACUUGUUAUAUCUUUAAUCUUCCCAUCCUGCACAAAAUGACUUUCUCGUACGACAAGUAAUUUCUGAAUAAUGUGAUCAUCGGAGAAUUUCAUAACAGUUUGUGAAAUAUAAAUGCAAUCUCUGAGAUACAUGCACUUACAUGAGGAAUCAAAUAGCUUAUUUUAUAUCUGACUCUAGUAAUAAAAAUAAAUGUAGAAUUUUGGACACGCAAUGUUAAAAGCCUAUCGAACAAAGAACCGAAAGAGUAUACUCAUCUAUAAAAUACAUACAUCGUGUGAAUAAUUUGCGUCAAGUUUUUAUUGUACAAUAUUAUUUGGUAUUAUAAUAUUAGUGCGAAAUAUGUUACAUUUUAUAAAAUUAAAUUUAUCUGUGGCACAAUUGUAUUGUACACAAAAGUUUAGUAUAAAAAUAAGAUUUUAAAUUAUUUAUAUCGAUCAGGUAAUAACGUGUCUCGUCGCUGCGCUCUUUCUGCAGUCAUAGUAUGGAAAAAAUUCAGCAAUAAUUUUGUACUUUGUUUGAUUUGAUUACAUUGAUUGAUUUGAUACUUUGUAAUCACAGUAUCGGCUGAAGAGAGUAAUUAAUUGUGUACAUGUAUUUAUUGAUAGAUAUUUGGCUGACAAUCCCUGUACGUUUAUGAAAUAAAUUUAAUCUUACGUA